UUCGAGUAUCAUUUUGCAUUCUAGGGUUUGUUCAAUCCUCUAGAAUGGCGAAUCAGCUUUACGGGUCGAGCUCUUACGGGUAUGGGGCAGGAUCCAAUUCGUCCAGCAUCUAUACAUCCAGAUCCAUAGCCGAUCAAUACGUGCCUGCGGAUCCAACGUACCUCAGUUCGUCUAGGUUUUUCGGUUCGGAUCCCCUGUCAUCGUCCUCCACUAUAUACAGCUAUUCAUCUAUCAGCGAUAGAGGCCCUUCGAUGCUGUAUAAUCACAAGGACGCUAUUGGAAGUGCUAGAAUGGCCGGGGGAGGAGGGUCUACUUUGUCGACAUUGUGGCCUGGACCGCCUGGUGUUGAUGUUGGCGUUUCCGCAACUUCUGUCGACCCUCUCUAUGCCGGUUAUAAACGUUCAUCAUCCGAAGCAAUAUAUCAUCAGUCUCUUCUUGCUACCCAUAAUACGAUUGGGCAAAGUGAAGCUUGGUAUUCUACCAACCCUUUAGUCAAGCGCCCUAGAUUCGAGAGUACAAGCAGUUUGCCUGUUUACCCGCAGAGGCCUGGAGAAAAGGACUGUGCCCAUUAUAUGCUUACAAGAACUUGUAAGUUUGGAGAUAGCUGCAGGUUUGACCAUCCUAUCUGGGUCCCUCAGGGUGGAAUCCCUGAUUGGAAAGAGGUUCCAGUCAACGAUUCAAGUGAAUCCCUUCCGGAGAGACCUGAAGCGCCAGAUUGUCCGUAUUUCUUGAAGACUCAACGGUGUAGGUUUGGUCCCAAGUGCAGAUUCAACCACCCAAAAGAUAAACUUGCUUUGUCUGCUUUGGAAAAUGGCGAUGGCUCUGCCUUACCAGAGAGGCCAUCUGAACCCCCAUGUGUGUUCUAUAUGAAAACUGGCCAAUGCAAAUUUGGUUCAACCUGCAAAUUCCAUCACCCGAAGGACAUCUUGAUUACAGCUGGGGUAGAAAAUGGUGAUGGUGGGCAGAUGGAUGCACUUACAGGCGGGACAAAUGGAAACUUCCACUUCGCCCCUGCGAUGUUGCACAACUCAAAAGGCCUCCCUAUUAGACCGACUUGUUUUUGUUCCCAUCUUUUAUUGUUAAUACAGGGAGAAGUGGAUUGUCCAUUCUAUCUGAAAACUGGCAGUUGCAAGUAUGGUGCCACUUGUCGCUAUAAUCAUCCAGAGAGAUACGCAUUCAAUCCGCCUGGCGCCAUGUUAGCCACUCCUGCCGGUCAUAUGAACAUUGGUAUUGUCAGCCCAGCUCCCUCUGUCCUGAAAACUGUUGACCCACGGAUUGCUCAAACAACGCUUGGUUUGGCCCCAGCUAUCUACCCUCAGCGACCUGGUCAGAUGGAAUGUGAUCAUUAUAUGAAAACCGGGGAGUGCAUGUUUGGGGAAAGAUGCAAAUAUCAUCACCCUGUUGACCGGACAGCACAUGCACUGUCAGCUGAAGUCCUACUUCACAAUGUCAAGCUUACUCUUGCUGGUCUUCCAAGGAGAGAGGGGGCUAUCAAUUGCCCAUACUACAUGAAGACAGGGGCUUGCAAGUAUGGCGCGACAUGCAAGUUUGACCACCCGCCUCCCGGAGAGGUGAUGGCGGGUGCGACAUCGCAAGGUGCAUCCGGUGAAGAAGGGAAAGAUGCAUAGUUGCUUUUGCUGCCCGACCAUUUUCAUCUUCGACCUUGUUCGUUCUUAGAAUGUGAUGCCAUUUGUUUGAUGCAUAUGUAUGUCUUGCAUUCUUCAAGAGAUAUUUUAAGCUUAUUAGAGUUGUUGCUACAAAAGACCCUUGUCUAUUGUCACUAACCAUAACUAUUGACAUUCUCUGAAGUUACUCCCUUUGUUUUGAAAAUAAGCAUCUGCAUAAAACAA